CUUCAGCUUGUGGCCCAGGUCCUGGAACAUAAAGAUAUAGGCUUUGUGACGGUGGAUGCCAAGAAAGAAGCCAAGCUUGCCAAGAAACUGGGUUUUGAUGAAGAAGGAAGCCUGUAUGUUCUUAAGGGUGAUCGUACGAUUGAGUUUGAUGGCGAGUUUGCUGCUGACGUCCUGGUGGAAUUUCUUCUGGAUCUAAUUGAAGACCCUGUGGAGAUCAUCAACAGCAAGCUGGAGGUCCAAGCCUUCGAACGCAUUGAGGACCAGAUCAAACUCAUUGGCUUUUUCAAGAGUGAGGACUCGGAGUAUUACAAGGCUUUCGAAGAGGCAGCUGAACACUUCCAACCUUAUAUCAAAUUUUUUGCUACCUUCGACAAAGGGGUUGCAAAGAAAUUGUCCUUGAAGAUGAAUGAGGUUGACUUCUAUGAGCCAUUUAUGGAUGAGCCCAUUGCCAUCCCUGACAAACCUUACACAGAAGAGGAGAUCGUGGAGUUUGUGAAGGAGCACCAAAGACCCACCCUACGUCGCCUGCGUCCAGAAGACAUGUUUGAAACAUGGGAAGAUGAUUUGAAUGGGAUCCACAUUGUGGCCUUUGCAGAGAGGAGUGACCCAGAUGGCUACGAGUUCCUGGAAAUCCUGAAACAGGUUGCUAGGGAUAAUACCGACAACCCUGACCUGAGCAUUGUGUGGAUCGACCCGGAUGACUUUCCUCUGCUCGUUGCCUAUUGGGAAAAGACUUUCAAGAUUGAUCUAUUCAAGCCACAGAUUGGGGUGGUGAAUGUGACAGAUGCUGACAGUGUCUGGAUGGAGAUCCCUGAUGACGAUGACCUGCCCACAGCCGAGGAGCUGGAGGACUGGAUCGAAGAUGUGCUUUCUGGAAAGAUAAACACUGAAGAUGAUGACAAUGAAGAUGGGGAUGAUGGCGGCGACGAUGAGGAUGAGGACGAUGAUGAUGGUGAUAAUUCUGAUGAGGAGUCUAAUGGUGACAGUGACGAUGAUGAUGAGUAGCUCUGACUCCAGCUGGUGGAUGAAAGCACAAUCAUAGCUGCCCACUGCCCUGCAGAUAGCCCCGGGGGGCGGCAAGCAGCCCUGGCCCCCUCCCACCAGCACCUUCCCCCUUUUCCUAUCCCUUUUCCCACCCCCUUAUUGGGAGCUGUACCGUUCCACAAAUGCCUCUAAACCCAGUAAUCCCACUCAGCAGGGACAGGUGGGGAAUUAUUCCCAUGUGGACUGUCUUGAUUGUCUUGGAAAAGCUCGUUCUUUGCUAGACCUUCCAUGGUCAUGGCAGUGCCAGAACCUGGCAGUCUGGGGACAACAAUCCCCUGACACCUUGACUCAAGUUUACUUGUUGUCUUUGAUGGGACAGUAACAGAAAUUGACAGCUGGAAAACUCAAAGCAUAGAGUGAUCUCACAGUCAGAGCCCAGGGAGACCCAAGAUUAAUCCAUUUAGCCCCUGUGCCUAGAACAUCAGUGACAAUCCCUCCUUAAGGCAAGAGGUUCCCUCCUAGGAGAGGCUCAGCCUUAGAAACAAGUUUCUAAAUCAGGUUCUCUUGGCUCUAUUAAACUGAUUAUGUCAAGUGUUUGUCACGCCAUUAUGAACUCAGAUCCAAGUGUUUGGACAGCUAUCGGGAGGCCUUGAAACACAUGUGUACAGAUGUCCCAAUCAUUUUUGGUAUGUUGGGAUAUGGGAUGGGAGGUUGAUUUGCUUUCUGAACUUCCCUUUAGUGACAAGUCUCACAUGAUAGGCAAGGGGGUGGGGGAACUGGAAGGAUGAAAUGUUUUCAGUUUUUCCUGCUGGGUUCAUGCCCCUGAUUGAGUCAGCUGGCUUCCUAGCCUGAGCUGGGAUCUGGAUACCCUUUUCUGUUGCUGUGAGUGAGCCCUCCCAUUGGGAGGGAAAGUUGGUUUAUCCAGAGGUCGAUCAAUGCUCCAUUUGUCAGCCCUCCCACACUUGAGCAGGACAAUAGCUAGAGUUCAUAAUGGUGCCCUGAGGCACUGAGAAAACCCCAAAGUGCCUUCCAAACUAUCUAGAGGUUACCUUGUGCUCGUAGUUUUAGCAUUAAGAGUGCAUUUAUCAUGUUCUAAUUUAUUUUCAAUCUCUUAACACAUGUGUAAGACACUGUGCAAAUUCUUUGGAAAUAGAGUAAUCCUUUUAUGGAACAGUAGCCAACUAACUGUCAUUAAACUUUGAAAAUAUUGAGACUAUCUUAAAAAUCCUCACUUCGUUUUUCUGAUCCUGUCAUUCUCUCUUGGUUCCUGUUCUACCUCUCUGUUCCUUCUUUGUUUUCCUUUCUGCCCCCUCUUCCCCUUCCUGCCCUUUAAAUGACAGUGUGUCACAGUAUCUCUCAACCCUAACAUUCUUCCAAGGUACUAUCAUCCAUGUCCAUCAGCUGCCACUUGUGUACGAUGACCUCCAAAUUUGGGUCUUUAACCUUGACCACUCUCUUAGUUUUAGACCCACCCAUUCAUCUUGGUUCGGAGGGUGCACAAGCAAUUCAAACAAUAGAGCGAAACCCCAAUUCACUACCUUCUGCCCUCAAUUCUCCUCCUCUAAAUGGUGUCCCAGAUUGGAAGAGUGAUAUCACCACGUAUCUACUUGUCUAGGCAACCAGAAGGGGCAUUUUACACAUACUCCCAGUCAUGGAAAUUGUCCUUUAAAUUAUAGUACAUAUUUACUUGUCUGUCCUUUUGUUAAAUUGUAGGCUUCUUAGAGGAAAGGAAUUAAUUUAUCUUUGUAUCUGCAGCAGCUAGCACUCUGUCCAGCACAAAGUGGAUGUUCAUUUAUUGAACUGAUGGGUGAAUAACUGAUUAACCAGAAUACCUAUAAUUCCCCAGCACUGUUGGAUAACAAUGGUUACAAGACCUCCUUAUUUUUAUUUCUCGCCCUCACAAAGUGAGGCAGACACGUGCCAAGCUGGACUAUGACGCCAUCUGGCCAGAUCCAAGCACACCUCUAAUAAGCUCUUGGGGAGGUACA